AUGUCAGUAAAGCCUAUAGACACAUUCAUUAGUAACUCACUUCAAUUGCUUUCCGCUAAUCCGUCGCAAACAUCAAUUUCGUUUACGUAUAAGAACAAAAACGUUGAUGACAAGCAGUAUUCUCACGUAACGUUCAAGACACGCAAUAGUCACCUAGGGUUAAAUUGUAAGUUCAGAACGAAAAAAUCCAAGGAUGUUUCACGUCUACUUAGUGCUUUAGGCCCAAGAGGAGUAAAUAUUGUUACUUCAAGUAUUGAGAAGAAGAAGAUAAAACAAAAGAGCAAGGACGUAGUGGGUAUGGCUACGUUACUUGUAAAUACAGAAGUCAAGGAAUAUAUACCGGAAUCGGCAACGGUUGGUGGAGGAUCUUCAUCAACAGUUAAUAAUGUCAAAAGUAAGAAGAGCAAGAAGAAGGGCAAGAAGCGCUGA